AUGUCCUCACCGAGCUCGGACUCAGAGUGGAGCAAGAAGGAGAACAAGAUGUUCGAGGAGGCGCUCGCCUACUACGGCGUGGGCGCCCCCAACCUCUGGGAGAAGGUGGCCAGCGCCAUGGGGGGCACCAAGUCCGCCGAGGAGGUGCGCCGCCACUUCCAGUUCCUCGUUGACGACGUCAAGAACAUCGAGCACGGACGCAUCCCCUUCCCCAAGUACAAGACCCAGGGCUUCUGGACCUAAAAGGUAUAAUUCCCAACCAAAAACUGCACAGACAUUAGAUGCUCUGUUUCUAGGAGCAAGUUUCAAUUGAGCGUAAGCAUACCAAUUACUGCUGUAUUUGUCUACUUGCUGGGACCAUGUUGUUACCAUAGAUGUUUUAACUCAAGGAAUAUCAUGCAGGGGUAUUCAUGUAUUUUCAUUUUUCUUUAGAGGUUUACCACCAUGCAUACAUGAUGACUGGCACCAUGAACUCUAUGAGCCAAACUGCUUGAUUGCAACCAUCCAUGGGCACUUAGCCAAAGGAUUGUGGUCCACUCCAUCGGUGGUUUAAUCCUAGCUACACUAUCAGAAAAAUCUCCCUACUUCUAAAACAAAAACUCGGAUGGAUCUUGCAGUCUUUAUCUCCAUGUGCUUUCAGUUUGCAGUGAGAUCAAUAUAAGUACGCCUUAGUACCAUACAGGACUAUCUUUUUACAGAUUCUUGCUACAUUUUGUGCAGCUCCACACUAUCUACACACACAUUCACCUAACCUCAUGCCUACAUAGAACAAAACAGAAGAAAGAAAGAACAAGCCUCCACACUAUUUGAGUAUCUGUAUUUGUGUUCAGAGUUCAGAUAAGCUUACAGCGAAGUGUCUUCAUGUUUUCAGGAUGAAGCAGUGUAAACUCCAGUGGACAGUGAAAAAAGUUGUACAAACUAGAUCUCUAGAAUGGACUGAUGUUCUAGCAGGAAGCAAGGGAAUCAUUGGUUAGAAUAAUAGGAAGGAAUGGAGUAUUGUCUAUUGUGUGUACAAAAUAUUCUUAGGUUAUGUCCAAGGUCAAGUCUGUCUCUAUGUUGUACAAACUAGAUCUCUUAAGAGUGGACUGGUGUUCUAGGGAGAUGCAAGGCAAUUCAGCUUUGGUUCGAAUAGCAGGAAGAAAAGGAGUUGUAUAUUGUGUGUACAAAGUAUUAUUAGGUUAUGUCCAAGGUUAAGUCUCUGUUACUGUAGAUUAUCAUCUAGAUUCAAGAACUGCAUGUUGUUCAGUA